CAUUGGCCAAUGGUUAUUGAGAAUGUCUAAACAGCCUCUCUGGCUGAAAGUAAGCAGGGAAUCAUUAUACAGACUCCUGGAGCAGUAUCUUCUCUACAAGGUGUGCAUGGGAUCUCUGUGAAGCCCCCAUGCCCUCUUCCUUUCAUUUUGGGAUUAUUUGGGGUAUUCUUUAACUGUGAGAGUCCUCAAAAUGCUCCCCAGCCCUGUUACUUCUACACCCUUUUCAGUUAAAGAUAUUUUGAGGCUGGAGCAGACUGUGCAUCCCGAAGGCCAGGUGGAGGCACGUGUGGCUUUUCUUCCCCUCUCAGAACCUAUUGUACCCAAGGGGAACACUCGGAACCAUGAUCGAGAGGAGAGAGGGGAGAGUGGGGGGCAAGGGGCCCAGAGACCCACCGGUGAAUCACCUGUGAGAGAAUGUUCGGAUCGUAACCAGGAUCAAAGUAAGUGUACCCAUUGUGUUACAAUCUGCUUCCCACCAAAGAAUGAAAUCCAUGUGUAUCCAGAUAUUGAAUUCAUUGAUCUUAUUAAUUUAUUUUAUUAGUAGUAUGGCAGUAUUCUGAGUUAAUCUCAGUAUGGAUUACCAGGGAGCACUAGCUGAUUACUGUUAGUGAUUUAUUUGGUAUUUGUCUGUAAAUAUAUAGAAAAGACUAUACGAAAUUCAUAAUAAAAAAAUAAAAAAUCCAGGCCAACUUCCUUCUGUUGAGUAAUUAUGUUGCUGUAUAAAUCAAUUUUAUUUACAGUAGUUUAUAUCCUCUACAUAAUCGAAAUAUUAGGAAAAUUAUUCUUAAAUCUAAAGACAAAUAAAUGCAUUAAACACAUUAAAAUGCAACCAUUUUAUUUCUUUAUAAUUUGAAUUCAUUUUAUAUUUAAAUGUCUUCUAUACAGUGAUCAUAUUCAAGAGUAAAUAGUUUUUAAAUCUACAGGCUAAUAAAUGUCAUAUCAAACUGUGUUGGUAUAUAUAUAUACUUAUUAAUAUGUGACAAUUACAAUUAAUGAAUAUUGUUUUUGGUAGAUGUUCCAGAUAUUAUCUGCCUGGUUGUUCUGAGGAAAAAAAAUAGAAUCUGUAUAAUUAUUUACACCAGUGGUGGGUAAAUAGAUGUUUAAUUAUGCCGGGAUAAUUUUAAAAAAAAGACAACAGCGAAAUUAUAAAUAAUACUAAAAGUCAGUUUGGCAGACUGUAGAACAAUUUGGCAAAGUUGCAAAAAAAUUGCAUAUUUUGAAUUGUUUUAUUCUUCGACUUUUCCCAAGACAGAGAAAAAGAUUAAUAGUUUUGAAACAUUCUUUUUUUUCCAUUUAAGUUAUGGACCAUUCAAUUAGAACGUAUAGAACAGUAUACUGUAUAAUCAUAUUAGCAUUCGAUAUGUGCAAAAAUAUUACUAUAUAAAGCAGCGAAAUUCCUUAGGAAAUCAUUUCAUUGGAAUUAGCAAUCAGUUUACCAUGCAGUGGGCUAUCUUCCCACCUACCCAUGUUAUCUGUUUAUAUCAGGAGAGUAAGGUAUAUCUGUGCACAUCAUUGACUUUUCCUGUUCUGCAAAUAUAUUAUUAUUAUUUUUAUUUAUUAUUUUUUUUUAUUCUUUAUUUUUGUUGUGCAAGAAUUUACAAACCAGCAUUUAACGCCACAGCUUUUUGCUGUUAUUUUGUCCUAACUCGUUCAGGUAGGUUUUCAGGUUAUCACAUCUCGCAUCAUAGUUAAUAGAUCCCAAUAUGCUUACCGUGAUAAGCCAACAGUUCUUUUUUGUUUCCUCCAAAAAUAGCGAUAUUAAUUCCACGAUCGAAUUUUUGACAAACCAGUUCUAUAUUAAAAUACAUUAUUUAUUUCAAAAAUCUUAGAUGAAUUAUUCAAUAUUAUCAGAAAGGAUAUGCAGAUUUUUUUUCUGUUUAAUUCAGCACAUAGCACAUGAUUUUGAGUAUAUGUACUAAACAGUUGGGUUUAUUCCUUAGCGUAUUGCGUUAAAAAUCGAUCUACAAAAUAAGACCAAAAGUUAAAAAAAAAAAGAAAAGAAAUACAUUAUAACAAGAGUUUAAUAGGAGGGUUUGUUUGUCCACUCCAGAUAUUUAACUUAAUGUUUGGAGUAAGGUAUAAUUAUUAGCAACAGUUUAGUGAAUAUGCCUCUAGGAUUUUUGCAAUUACUAAAUAAAUAGAUUAUAUAAACGAUAUAUUAAUUUAAAAAAUAAAUCUGCCUUUUACUUAUAAAAAAUACAUAUUAGAACUGGAAAAUAAACGCAAUAUUUCAAUAUAAAGGUAUGUAGACGAAUAUUUCGUUUAUAAAAAUGUAAUAAAAUGUCAGGUUUCUUACUUUUUUUAGCUUUGUAUUAUUUAUUAUAAAUAUUAAAACAAUAAAAAUGGAACUACUUUGCAAAUGGAACUAUUAUAAUACAAGUCUAUAAUAUAUGAAAAUAUUUUUGUAGAAUGAAUAAAAUAUACGGUAGGAUUUGAAUUUUAUUCAGAGAUAAUUCUUUGGAAAUAUUGACAUUACCCGUGCCAACAAUAUAGAUAUAAAGAUCUGUAGCUUCAGUUGGUUAUAAAUUAUACAUUUAGUAAAAAAAAAAAACAACAACAUGGAUUUAUUCUCCCUUAGUACUUUGACCUCAGUUAAAAUCAUUAUCAUAAUGCAGAGAAAAAAAUAAUGUAAAUGCCUUAUACAAAAAAAUAAAAUAAAAAAAAGGCUGAUGCGUGGGAACUCUGUAAUUUCUCUAUAUGUUGGCAAUACCAAUAAUAUAAUAAUAUAAAUUAAACAUAUUUCAUAAAGGUUUUGAAUUAAUGAAAAGCGUUGUAAAAAUGCAUAUUAUAAAAGUUUUAUGUAAAAAGACAAAUUGAUGUAUAUUUUAUAUAUAUAUAUUUUUUACUGCUCUUAUGUUCCUAUUAACAGUAGUGUAAUGGUAUAUUAUACAAAACAACCCUGAGGAUAGUCCUGUCAUUUUUUUAUUUAUAUAUUUUUGUAAUGCCAUAUGUGUAAAUAAAGACAGAUGUUUUAACUUUUUGGUGAAGUUCAGCGAGUGCAUUUUAUCUUGGAAUAGACAGGCAGAUAGAUGUGUGUUUUGGCCUGGGUAUUGAAAGUGAGUUGUCAGUGCUCUAUAAAUCCCUCACAGAGCAAGUUAGUGCCAAUUGUAUGAAUCUGGAGGAGUAUAUUUACUGAACAGCGAAUUGGAAAGCGUUUAGAAAAAAAAAAUCUCAUUUUUUGGAAGAAGCUCAGCUGUAGUCAGUUUGGCGAUCAGCGACCAAACCCCUUUGUACUCCAUGCAGUGCUAAUUGUAAAAGAUGGUAAACCUUGCUGCCACCUACUGCUAAAUGUGUAUUAACCCUUUCUUUGUAAGAUGGGUAGCCCAUGCAAGGGGCUCUCCUGGCACUGUAAAGGUUAAAUGUGACAAAUUAUAUGUUAAUAAACCACUACCAUUCUCUCCCCAUUCCCAGGGCAGAGUGUGGGUGCAGUAAGGAGAAUGGAGCCCUCUGAUCGCUCCCAGCAGAGGCAGAGGAGGAAGCCCAGGGUCCUGUUCUCACAGCUACAGGUGUAUGAGCUGGAGAGGAGAUUUAAAGAGCAGAGAUACCUAUCGGCCCCGGAGAGGGAGCAACUGGCAGCCAUCCUCAAGCUCACAUCCACACAAGUCAAGAUCUGGUUCCAGAAUAGAAGAUAUAAAUGCAAAAGACAGAAACAGGACAGGUCUCUGGAACUGGCAAGCCACCCACCACCACCACCACGCAGGGUGGCAGUGCCAGUCCUGGUAAGAGAUGGCAAACCAUGCAUCGCAAGCUCCCAGACUUUAACUGGCCCAUAUAAUGCCACCGGCAGCCCGUACACCUACCCUGUCUGUUAUGGUACCUACAGCAAUGCUGGCCAUUACUCAGGGGCCCCUACUGUGCCAGGCAGUAUCACCCCUCAGCUGUUCAAUAUAAAUUUCUCAGCUGUGCCAAACAGUGCCCAGCAAGGACACAUACAGGCUGCACUGCAGGGAAUUAGAGCUUGGUGACAUUGACAUUAAUCCGAGUACUGCACCAAUGUGAUACAUGUAGAUACACCGAGAGAUCAGAUGUCCAGGACUGUGAGAUUGCUCAUCGAAGGACACAGAAGGAAAUUAACUCACACCUUAUCAGCAGAGGACAUUGUGUCAAUUACAGAGAUAUCAUUCAUUUCUACUUUUUCAUUCCCUGCACAGUUCAGUACAAAAAGCAUUAACCAUGCGAGGAGA